AGGAAGAUGGCGGCACGAUGGAGUAGUGAGAAUGUUGUGGUGGAGUUUCGGGACGCUCAGGCCACUGCCAUGUCUGUGGAUUGCCUGGGCUCCCAUGCUGUACUGUCCUGCCGUCACUUCCUGUACAUGGUGAAUCUGGAGGCGCCGUCCGAAGCGCCGCGUAAAAUCGGACAUCACAGUAAGUGGGACUUGGGAUCGGUCCAGUGGAACCCCCACAGAUCAGAGUCUCAUGUUUUCGCUGCCUCGGUCAACCAGCGAGUGGAUCUGUACUGGUGGAGGGAAGGUUGUGGGGAGGCCCACGCCUCCCUGCAGGGACACACUCGGGUCAUCAGUGAUUUGGACUGGUCCUGGUUUGAUCCGGAGCUCCUGGUCACCAGUUCUGUGGACACUUACAUCUACAUCUGGGACACCAGAGACACUCGGAAACCCACAGUGGCGCUUUCUGCUGUGGCCGGAGCAUCUCAGGUGAAGUGGAACAAGAAGAACCGACACCUGCUGGCAUCCAGCCAUGAUGGAGACAUUCGGGUCUGGGACAAAAGAAAGCCCAGCACGGCGGUGGAGUACGUGGCGGCUCAUCUGUCUAAGAUCCAUGGCCUCGACUGGCAUCCAGACAACGAGUUCAUCUUUGCCACCUCCAGCCAGGACAACUCGGUGAAGUUCUGGGAUUACAGACAGCCCAGGAAGUACCUAAACAUCCUGUCCUGUCAGGUACCAGUGUGGAAGGCCCGGUACACGCCAUUCUCCAACGGUCUGGUCACCGUCAUGGUUCCUCAGCUGAGGAGGGAGAACAGCCUGUUACUGUGGAGCACCCUCGACUUCAACAGUCCGGUUCACGCCUUCGUUGGACAUGAUGACGUGGUGCUGGAGUUCCAGUGGCGGCCACAGAAGGAAGGGUCUAAGGACUUCCAGCUGGUCACCUGGUCCAGGGAUCAGACUCUGAGGAUUUGGAGGGUAGAUCCUCAGUUGCAGAAGUUGUGUGUCAGUGACAUGGUGGAGGACCUGAUGGAGGGGAUGUCCCUCACCAUGGAGUCUGAAAAGUCUCUGUCGUCUCAGGAACCUGAGGGUCAGCAGAGCACUGUCCCCACUUCAGACAGCAUGCAGGGUAAGACAGAAAUCAUGAAAUCCCGGCGCUUUAAGACCAAGAGGGAAGGCGUGGACUACGGCAACCGUCCCAUCAAACUGGCUGGAAAAGUCAUCAUCCAGGAGAUCUCCUGCCUGCUGCCCGUCCACAAAACUCUGGGAGAGAGCUACAUUCUGGACAUGAAUGACAUCCAGGAUACGUGUCAGAAGAACGCAGCAGCAGCUCUGGCAGUUGGACGCAGAGACGUGGCGAAGGUUUGGGCUUUGGCAGCUGCAGCUACCAGUCACGACCUGAGUCCAGAUCCUGACCCAGACGCAGAAACUCCCUGGGCCAGACACCCGUUUGGGCGCCACUUGCUGGAGACUCUUCUGGACCACUACAGUCAGAUGAGUGAUGUUCAAACUCUCGCCAUGCUGUGCAGCGUCUUCAGGGCUCAGGCUCCGCCCCCUGACUGCUACGCACUGUACGGACACCAUUCCUCUCGUUUACCCCCACACUGUCGAUAUCCCAGCUACACAUCCAGCUCCAUCACCUCGGGCUCCUGCUCCAGCACCUCAGACUCCACCAGCACCUGGACCACAGUCAAAGACUCUGAGCACGCCAUCCCCUGGGGUGAACCCUCCCCUGACGACUAUCGUUAUGGCAACCAAGGCUACACUGAUCCUCGGGAACGGGAACGAGAGCUGCAUGACAUGAAUAAGAGGCUGCUGGACCCAGCCAACACGCUGCAAUUUGAUGACUUUAAGAAGUGUUACGGAGAGAUCUUAUACCGCUGGGACCUGAGAGACAAGAGAGCAGAUGUCCUCAAGUUCACAUCCAGCCCUCCAGAACCACACAAAGGGAUCGAGUUUGGUGUAUACUGCUGUCAUUGUCGCAGUCAGGCCCGUGGGACGCAGUGCGCUGUCUGCAAGCGUUUGACCUUCCAGUGUGCCGUCUGCCACGUGGCCGUCCGAGGCUCGUCCAACUUCUGCCUGAGCUGCGGCCAUGGAGGACACACCAAUCACAUGAUGGACUGGUUCCGACGGCAGGACGAGUGUCCAGCUGGCUGUGGCUGUCAGUGCCUGCUGCAGAGCACGUUCUGA